ACAAUUCCCAGAAUGCAGCGGCAAAUUCCUCCCAAGAUGCAUCUCGGCUUUUAAUGCGCUGAGGGAAGAUGGCGAGUAAAACAAGCAAAGACGGUCCUCCUCCUUUUGAUUGUCCAUCAUGGGCAGGAAAACCACCCACAGGGCUGCAUCUGGACGUGAUGAAGGGGGACAAAUUGAUAGAGAAACUGAUCAUAGAUGAGAAGAAGUUUUACCUGUUCGGGAGGAACCCCGACUGGUGUGACUUCACCAUUGACCACCAGUCCUGCUCUCGGGUUCAUUCGGCGCUAAUCUACCACAAACACCUAAAAAGGGUCUUCCUCAUAGACCUAAACAGCACACACGGUACUUUCCUUGGACACAUUCGCCUCGAGCCCCACAAGCCUCAGCAGGUUCCCAUAGACUCUACGAUAUCGUUUGGGGCGUCAACACGGACCUACACUAUUAGAGAGAAGCCCCAGUCCCAAGGCACCGCUGGCACAGGAGACAAGACGGGGGAUGAAGAGGAGCUCAAAGGACUACUUGGACUUCCAGAGGAAGAGACAGAGCUGGAGAACCUUACAGAGUUUAAUACUGCUCACAACAAGCGCAUCUCCAUCCUGACAAUCGAGGAAGGCAACCUGGAAAUUCAGAGGCCAAAGAGGAAACGCAAGAACUCCAGAGUUACUUUCAGUGAAGAGGACUCCAUCAUUAAUCCAGAAGAUAUAGACCCCUCUGUUGGACGCUUUAGAAAUAUGGUGCAGACAGCCGUCAUUCCUAUGAAGAAGCGAAGAUUUGACAGCCAGAACACACUGGGCCUGGACGACCUGGCUUCGAAGCGCAUUCACGCCUACAGCUUAGGCGGAGGGCUGUACGGGGACCUGCCCCCCACCAGCCACGAGAACAAGCCAACAGGAGCCUCAGGAGGUGCCGCUAUGCAGGGCGGGCUUCCUCUGCCCUUCCCCAACCCGGCACCAGAGGUAGAUUUGGCCCCGGAAGCUCCCCAGCCCCCGAUCACCCUCAACCCCACUCCAGUCACGGCCCCCUACCUUCCAGAGACCCUCAACGAGCCACGGAAAAAGAAGUACGCCAAGGAAGCUUGGCCGGGGAAGAAACCCACCCCUUCACUUCUCAUCUAACCAGUUUUUUUAACAGCGCUGACUCUCAGGUUCCCAGCAGAAACAUCAGGGACUGUGACCUGCCAGAGGUGGACCUCCUCACUUCUGUUUUUAUUCGUUGUGUUAUACAAAACUAGUGCAAACUGCACCACACAGAACUUUAGUUUGUUUUUUUUUUUUACAACAGAAUACCCGGAAAAGCUCAUGAGUUACAGAGUGAUGGUUAUGUGCUGAACUGAGUGAUAGGCUGUAUAGAUAAAAUGAUGGAGUUGUGUGUUAAAUGGCUUUGAUUUGAUGUAAAGUUGUAUUUUCUACAUGUUCCAACAUUUUUUCACUCUUUCAAAAAUAUUGAUAAAACUAUUGAAAAAAGGGUUGAGAAAUGUGGUUUUAUUGAAAUCUUACUCUGAGGAGUAAAGGCCACCCAGAGACUUUUUUUUAUUUUGUCAAAACAGCUUUUUUAAAAAUGUGUUGAUAGGAUGAAAUUUUACUAAAAAAAUCUGUCUAAGCCAAUAUUUCGUCAGCCAAGGUUUCCUGUACUUCCCCUAAACGCCACUAGGCGGCGGCUCAAGCAAACGGUUCGUUCUUCAAUUACAAGCUGAAAACAUGAAUUAGCAGCUUAAAGCAAUAUCCUAUUUUUUUUUUACUUUGAACUUUUUCUCUUGCAUUAAGUUUGAAAUGGUUUGCCGUAUUCUCAGAACAAAUAUAGUAUAAAUACAAUCCUUUUUACACUUUGUUGCUAUUUAAGUGGACGUCUACAAAGUACAAGCAAAGCGGACUGGACACUAGCACAACUGCAACAUAAAAGGUUACUAAUAGCAGAAAUGUUUAGAUUCAGACUGUUGUAAUGCAUACAUGGUAUUAACAUCUUUAAAAUACUACUGCCUUCCUUAACCAAUUCAAGAUAUAGUCCCUCCUUGCUCAACAUUGCUUUAAAGUUAAAUUUUUUGAAUGGUUUUAUUGAGUUAAGCGACACCAAUUAAGUAAAUGAUGCACAUAUAAACAGCUCUGUUAGAAAUUGCUUUAACAACAGUAGUUAUGCUUUCCAGGUUUUUUAUUUUUAUUUAUUUUUUUAAAGAGGUUGAAAAUAGAGGUCUGGCAGCUUUAAGAACAGCUGAUUGCUUUAUAGCACCGGUAGCUGUUUUAUCGUCUGGAAAUGUUUGAGAUGGCUUCCAAGAUAUAAAAACAUAAACUGGUCAUUUUAAUGGAUGCAAAAAAUAAUGAUAAUAAAAAUUGGGCCGCCCCCCACUCAUUUUUACAAACUAGACUGGUGUCUUCCCAUUUUAUUGUGUGGGUUUUGUAUUAUGACUGUAAAUAAAAACAAAUUACUUUUGACUCAA